AACAGCAUGGUUUUUGGUAAUUUAGGGCUUUCAGACCUAGAUGUGGCGCAGGGUCUGGGGUUGUAGGGCUGAAGAGCCUGCGUUCCUGCAGCCUCACCAAGCACUGCAGAGCCAGCAGGUGCUAUCUCCUCUGACGGCUGUGAGAGAUCCAAUGUACCAGGAAAAUACAGAAGAGACUAUGGAGAGGUUCACUGUGCAGCAUCUUCAAAAGACACUGAUGCCUGCCAAACCCCGGAUUUUAUUUCUGUAAAAGCUGAGGGUGUCCCACGCUGCCGUCUCAUCGCUCUGCUGUACUGCGCAAGUCUCCCAGAGCCCAAAUACUGCGUAGUGUAUGUAACACGGUGUGCACUAGUUCAAACACUUCCAACAAAUUAGCUUUUUUGCUUUGCCAACUUCCAUAUGUAAUUUCACAACAUCUAGUGUUGAGACAGUGCUCUUGUUUGGACAGUACAAAUCACUCAUUGUACAGCAGGGCGCCUUUGUUAACAAGCUGGGUGUAGCUCACAUUUUUGUUUAAUUCUUCUGGGCAUUUCUCUAACAAACAAGUAUUCUUUAGGGCUCAACUUAAUAAUCAAUACAGUUUUGUUAGUUUACAGAGCAGAUAAUUACUUUAUGGGAUGACUUUACAAGGUCAGGGAGAUGUACUUAUAUAGUCUGGAGCAUGAAGGCAGAGAAACAUCUCUAUAGAACUCAACAGCAACAGAUUUGUAAGUAACAGACUACACAGCCUUUCCCACCGUGAAGAUGACAAGAGCUGCUGCCCUUCUUGGGCUACUGUUUCUUGUCUGCUUUUCUGAUAUUGUUUCUGGUCAACGAUGGGCCUCCUGCAGCGUGUACCGGAUGGCGGAUAGGAGCAAUCUCGCCUGUCCCAGGGACUUCCAGCCGGUCUGUGGCACCGAUAAUGUGACGUACCCCAAUGAGUGCUCGCUCUGCAGAGAAAUCUUUCGUAACAGAGUGAUUGACAAAAAGCAUGACGGAAAAUGUAUAAAGGUCGAUUGCACAGGCUACAUGAGAACGACAGGCGGUCGGGAGUCUCUCUGCACCCGGCAUUACAACCCACUGUGUGCCACCAACGGGGUUACCUACAGCAACAAGUGCAGCUUCUGCACGGCAGUGGCGAAUGGAGAGGACAUCGACCUGCUCAUGCCUGGAAAAUGCCCCAAGUUCCGUAACACACAGAUCGACUGCAGUGGAUUCAAGAGCACCAACGUCUACUGCACCGCUGAGUAUAUGCCCCUCUGUGGCUCUGACGGCAGAACAUAUGGAAACAAAUGCCACUUCUGCAUUGCAGUUCUGAAGAGCCGGGGUUCCCUGACCCUCAAGCACCACGGUGAAUGCUGAGUGUUGGCACGUAACCUUCACCCUUGCCUUUCUCUGACAAAGCCCACAGCUCCAAUGUGCUCUUCCCUGCUCCCUGUUGUACAUUGGUUUCUGCUUUGAUCCAUCAAUAAAUCAAAACCAGCCACCCUCUUUGCCAUGCACUUUUUGUUUUCUUCUUCAGGAUAGGGGUAAUGGUCUUCAGGCUUUUAGGUACUUAUCUGUCAGGCAGGAGAAGUUU